GAUUAGUAAUUAUUCAGUUGUCUUGCCCCAUGCUAGAUUACUUAUCAGUCUCAACAUGAACCCCUGCAGGGGCAUUAAAUGUUUUACAUUACAAAUCUAAGAAAAACCCACUGAUGCUUUACACUGAAAACCUUGUUCCUGGUAUCAUUCACAUGACAGAUCAUUAUAAUUAGAUUCAGUGAUGACUGAUAUUUCUUCUCUGUUAUGACCCAACUUUUGUUAUUUCACAAUAACUUAAGUUUCGCUUGCUCAAACCGGUCCAACUCAAUCAGAAAGAGUAUGAAUUAGAAGUCACAUAACACUGUUGUCAUAAAAAAACAUCCCUGCUGACAGAAAUGAGCCAAGCCUUCAUUAGCAACACCCAUGGUGUUGUUCAGUAUAUGUGGCCAUAGAAACAUAGAGAGGGUAGCAAUCACAAAUCCAUUGCAAACAAUCAUUAAAGCAGGCAAUCUCAUGUAGAAAACAUGCUGAAUUCUCUGUUCCAUACACCACACUCCAACAAGCUGAAAAGACUAAUAAACAAGAACCUUUGAAACAAAGAGUUAAGUGAGAUGAAAGCAGCUAAACACUAAGUACAAACAAGACCAAACUCUGAAAACUGAGCUGUGACACAAAAAAAAGCCAACAACCAACUACCUUAAACACACAGUGAUCUGGACUGUAAGUUACAGUUGUGUAAAGUACACAGUCAGUUUGCACAGCCAUUUCUUUGUGUGUGUGUGUGUCUCAAACAAAUGUCCCUGACUACUUCUUGAAUCUAGCACAAAACUAGUUGAAACCAAAAUGCCCUCUCUGAUCUGCCCGUUCCUUGUACACUAGGUCUUUCUCUCCGCCAUGUUCUUGCUCUGUAUUCGUCUGUUACUCCAGCCAAAGAUCUCUAGACUGUCUUACUCACCGAGCUUGUUCCUGUUCGUCUUAUAAUGGUACGCCACCCUAACUCACUAUUUCACAGUGUCAGAGUAGGUAUGUCACUUCCCUCCCCCUUCCCCUUCCCACGCGUCCUUCGGUGAGAUUAGAUUCAAUUUAUUGUCAUUACGCAUGUACAAGGACAGGGUACCGUAAUGCAUGUGUCAUUAUAUGAGCCUAUGUGCUCCUGAACAACUUCUGCAGUUAUUUAUUUAUUUUUUUUAAGAUUUUUGUGUUCUUGAUUGAUAGCAAGCGAUGAUAUAACCUACCUUCGCAUCUUAACUUACUCUUUACAGGGCCGCCUCGGAGUUGAAAACCAGUGUACCUAUCUGACGCAAUGUGGCCGUGCGUCGCCAAUCCUUUCAAACUGUUACAGCGACACCGCGUUUUGAUCUCCAAAGCAGCGUGUGUCCAGCAGCUGCACAGUAGCAGCAGUGAGUUUACAGACAGCUGCUAUGAUGGGCUGUAUCCCGGACACAUCUCCACCACCCCCAUCCAGAAAGCCCUGCUGGCUGUUGGGUCAGGUGUGGCUGCACUACAGGACCCCUACAGACAUGACAUGGUUGCAGUGCUCGGAGAGACGACAGGACACCUAGCAUUGAUAAAUCUAAGGGACAGGAUGAGAAAUGACCCUGAGGGCUACACUAUCCUAACAGAGAGGCCCAGGAUCCGGCUGUCUACACUUGAUCUGAGCAAGAUGGCCUCACUGCCUGAUGGCACUUUUGGGAGAGAAUACCUCCGUUUUCUGGAUGACAAUCAUGUGACCCCUGACUCAAGGGCAGACGUGAAGUUUGUGGACAAUGAGGAGCUGGCUUACGUCAUGCAGAGAUACAGAGAGGUCCAUGAUUUGUUGCACACUUUACUGGGCAUGCCCACCAACAUGCUGGGUGAAGUGGCGGUAAAAUGGUUCGAAGCUGCUCAAACAGGGCUUCCCAUGUGUGCUCUUGGGGCUGUGUUGGGGCCACUUCGGCUAAAUGCAAGCCGUUUACAGUCACUGCUCACCUCUUUGGGGCCAUGGGCUCUGCAGAACGGGCGGCAGGCCCGCUGUGUCCUUAGCAUUUUCUACGAGAGACGAUGGGAGCAGAGCCUCGAAGACCUCCGACAAGAGCUCAACAUCGAACCACCUCCUGCCAUACUCAGUGCAUCCAAAAAGAGGAGCACCUGAGACAGAUUAAAGUUUCAGGAAUCACCUGACAAAAGACUUUUAAAAAACAAACCACAAAUAUUUCAAGUGUGACUCUGCGGAAUUUUUUUUCAUUAACUACAGAGGAAACGAGGAAAUUUCACAUUUGGCAAACUUUGGCUUUUUCCCUCAUACAGCCUAAAUUUGGCUUUGUGUUAAGUCAGCUUUUGCUUUGAAGUUUGAAUCAUUUCGAUUGAAGUUAUUUUAGCGGAUGAAAUGUUUUUGUAAUCUUCUGAUGAUGGAAGACAGCAGGUCUGGUUCAGCAGGUCAUGAUCAGUCGCCAUCUGUUAUUGAAGAUGAGACAGAGAAUGUGUUUUUGUUUUAAAGGUGAAAAUAAAUCUAAAAACUAAAUAGUAUCUGUAACUAUA